AUGCCAAUCAAGCUUCCCAAGGGCUUCGCCCGGCGAAAGUCGUCUAGCAACGCUCUGGAGGAAGUGCAAAAUCCUCCUCAGUCAUCGUUUCGAGUUUUCGAGCGACCAUCCGGCGACAAGAAAUCAUUCAGUGACGGCAACCUAGUGUCGAAGAGGUUAAGCGAAGGCCAGCCUUUGUACUCAGCCUCGGAGGAUGACAAUAACAUAUUCGCUUCGCAUAAUCGUCCCCAGCCUGCGAGAAAUCUGUGGCUGACCAUAUGUGAUAAUGAAAGUACGUUCGAAGGUACAUCAUCUGCGCGAGCUCGCCCCUCAACGCGCCGUUCAACGGACGGGCCCCAACCCGAGCCCCAAUCGCCACACACUCGGAACCUCUACGAUAUACCGAUCCCUCCUCUGUCAGGUGCGAUUCGCGCAGCUGGUCGCACCUUUUCAUUCGGCGGGAGGUUCUCAAAGGCGUCUGCGCCGACCCCUCCGCCUCAGCCGUCGACACCUGGUCCCUCGAGGAGCAGAGGAAUGACAACCAGCACAUCGAGCACUGCAACUCCACCAAGACUCCCCGAUACAGAAUUACAGGUUGGUAAAAUCGAAGACGAUUUCCAAAACAUGUUCGGUGACAUUGGAACUCGUUAUAAUGUCCCGAAGGACAUUCCUCGCGAUCGAAUUGAUUCUUCCGGACCCCCGAACAGACCAGAUGCCCUGCUCCGGAAGGAUGAAAGGGUCUCUCGUCCAGCACCUAUUGAUACUGACAGAUCAAAGGAAGUCGAGCCAUCACCGUAUUCCUGGGAUAGUCGGCACUCCGAGGAUGGGCUUCUGACCACGCUCGAUUCACCCAGUGAACAGCCAAUAACCCAGUUGCAUCAGCGCAAUCCCGACACACUCUCCGCUGGGGACCGCCGCAAGUCUAUACCUCUCUCCAAUGUCACGUCUCUGGCCACCACUUCUCAUCGUUCUUUGGAAAAACCUAGGACGACAGUGGAUAAGGGCUUGAGGAGAAGUGGAAUAUAUUCUAACUCACGGGACUCUGUCCCCGUUGAAGACGAAGACGCGAAGUUAAUAAUGGAGUCUCUGUAUACAAGCAAAAGAGGCUCUCAGGUACCAUUCAUGUCUGAUAACGAAUCAGACGCCGAAAACGAUGCCCCCCUUUUUGGUCACGGGGGCGUUAACACGGCCGGUCCUACUCGUCGGGAAUCUAUCCCGAAAGAUUCGUUGAGCUCUCCGGGGCUAUCAGAGCAUCAUCUUGAUCCUUCGAUUGCCGCUCAUGCUCGUUUGGCGGCACAGUAUGAGAAAGCUCAGCCGGUAUCGACCUCUUCCUCGAAUAAGAUUAUGACUCCCUCCCAGUUCGAACAUUAUCGUCAGCAACAAGAGCUUAGACGAUCAAACAGCGAUGCCUCGAAGAGUGAAAAUUCUGCCGAAAGCGAUUACGACGAGGAUGAUGAAGUGGAAAAAGACCGCGAAGCAGAGAGACAACGGCGCAAGCAAGAGGCUCACCUAUCGGUUUAUCGCCAGCAAAUGAUGAAAGUGACCGGCCAGGAAUCUCCCGCGCCGGCUCCGAGACCAGAAAUGGAUCAAGCCAGCAAGAGCGCACCGAAUCUAUUACAACCCGGUAAUAUCUCAGGGAGUGGAAAGAGCAGUGAUGGGGACGAGGACGAGGAGAUUCCUUUGGGGAUCUUGGCGGCUCAUGGUUUCCCCAACAGGAAUCGGCCCCCGAGCCGCCUGACACCCUCCAGCUCUAUCCCAAACCUUCGGGCUUCUUUCCAGCAGCCGUACCUGUCGUCUCCUGCAUCUGUUGCAGAACGUGAUCCCAACAAUCGCGGGAGUCUGCCUAUCUUUGCGCGGAACUUACCGCGGGACCCUUACUUCGGGGCAAGCUUGGUCAACUCUUCCAACAGAGAGUCUCUGGCCUUGGGAGGGGGCUUGGGAGGGGGAGGAUCAGUUCAUGGUGGACCUUCACCCGCAUUGCCCCCUGGAGGGUUAGUUGGCGUUAUUGCUACAGAAGAGCGGGCGAGAGCUAUGAGGAGAGGAAGUCCCAACACACAAGCCAUGUAUGACUACCAGGCUGGAAUGUCUGUACCACCUGUUCACCCUGGCGGCGUCCCGAGACCCUACACGAUGAUGAAUUUGACUUCGGGCAAUAUGGCCAAUAACUCAGCUGCGGUCUCGGCAACCGAACAGGCGCAAAUUGAGCUGUCCCAACAGAUGACGCAAAUGGUGCAGAUGCAGAUGCAAUGGAUGCAGCAGAUGAUCCACAUGCAGGGCGGACAGGGUACCCAACUAAUGCCGCCUGGAGGGCCUCCGCCCACGCUGAGUGCCGGCAUAAACGUGCGGCCAUCGUCAAUGCCCUCGGCUGGCAACAUGAACAACGCACCUACUGGUUACCAGGGUGACCAGCGGACGCUGAGCAUGCUGGAUCCCAAUGUCUCUUCUCGUCUCAAUAGCGGGCCUAUGCCAUAUGUAUCUGGGGGUCUUAGACCCAGCACGCCGGCAGGCCAAGGCUAUGCGCCAUCCAUAGCUCCAUCGGAGCGAAGCAACGUUGGCUUGGCGCCUCGUUAUAGGCCAGUCUCUACGAUACAACCUGAGUUUGGGACUGUCAGUUCCCCGUCCAUGUCAAAGCCUUGGAAUGAUGAAAACCGGAAAUCUUCCUUCUCGAACAUUGCUCCAGCUGGGUCACACAUGUCUCGAAUGACAGUUCGCCCAACGACGAGUGAUGACAAAACAAUCGACGCCAGCAAACCGAAUAAUGGUGCCGAGCUGGACGACGAGGAUGAUGAUGAAGGCUGGGCCGAAAUGAUGAAGAAACGAGAAAACAAACGCAACAACUGGAAGAUGAAGAAGGAAACGUCGAGCUUCGGAGACCUGCUAAAUGCUGUGCAUUGA